AUCCAAUGAAAAAUCGAUGGCAGAUACAGAUUCACGAGAAGCUCGAAGUCAUGACUGCAUCAAAUCAAGCUCCAAUGCACUCUUCGGUCGACAGGUUGCUUUUCCUAGCUUGGAGACCUUACAUAUCAAUGACAUGGAUAACAUCGAGAUGAUAUGGGACAAUCAAGCUAUUGCAGAUUCUUUCCCCAAGCUAAAAUCACUUUUUGUGGAUAAAUGCAAUAAGCUUGUGACCAUUGUUCCUUCUUACAUUCUAGGAUGGCUCUUGUGCUUGGAAAGUUUAACGGUAAAAGCAUGUGCUUCACUUGAAGUUGUUUUCGAACUUCAGCCACCAAAUCCUCUAGAUGGACAUCAUGUUGCUCUUUUCCAUUAA